AUGUUACGGUACCGCAGUGGUAUUGUAAGGGAGUUCACAGCUCAAGGCAUCGGCGCGUGGUGGUCUUUCACUGGCCGUUAUCAACAGCAAUAUCAUCAGCAAGUGUAUUUAUCAGCAAUCCUUGCUGGAAACACUGUACGGAAUUCAUCCACACAUCCAGUGGCCUUCAGUGAUGAAAAUAACUAUGACACCAAUGAAAAAAGCGAAGAGAGUAAAACUAAUAAUACUAAUAAUAUAAAAAGUAACGUACGAAGACGAGAAUCCCAUCUUAGUCGACUUGCUGUUGUACGGCCGGAUUUAAUAGAUGAAUGGGUGCCUGAACUAAAUGAUGUGGAUGUAAGUUCAGUCCCUUCUAGCAGUUCCAUCACCGUCUGGUGGCGAUGUGCGGCCUGUGGGGAAAACUAUCAAGCAACCGUGAGAGAUCGUGCGGUUGUUGAUAAGGGUUGUCCACACUGCUCUUCCAUUCAGCAACAACAACAAACAGUGGGAAAUGAUACUACAACUGAAAGUAUGGGAAAAAUAAUAAAAGAAGAUGCAUCUACACCAUCGCUUGCAGAGACGCAUCCUACACUUGCCAGUCGUUGGGAUUAUGAAAAGAAUGGAUUUCUUAAACCAACAGAUGUGACAAGCACAAGUGAACUUAAUGUUUGGUGGCGACCUGCAGAAGGACGACCAUCACAUGAACGCUCUUUUCGUCGUCCUGUACACGCCUUUGUGGAGAUUCCCUAUAGUGUGGAAGAGCAGCGGGAGGCACAGGCCGCAUUAGAGCUUGAUAUUCUUCAACAAAUACGACGUGCUGCGAAGAUUGAAGAAGCACGUGAACAGGAUACUUUUCCCGCUGCUGCACAUCUCUUGGAUGAUCUUGUUACUAAACGUUCUGCUAACACUUCUGCAAAUACAGAGACUUCUUCCUCCUCUCCAUUGUAUGGAAAGGGGCAUCGGAAUCAUGAACAUACAUUACAGGAAGAGGAACUUGUAGGAGAUGAUGUUCAUCGUGCUAUUGAGAUGUGGGAAAAGAAUCUUGAUGUUAAACUAGAUCCAUCGUAUCGACCAGUUUUCUAUUUCACAGAGGCCUGUGAUGGGGCUGGAGUCUCACGUGAUGAGGUUCUCACUACAUAUGAUCGCUUUGUGGCUUGGCAUAAACGUCAAAAAGGUGAAAAGAAAAGUGAUAGCAGUACAGAUAAUGAUAAUAAUGAUAACCUUCCAUGUGUUCUAACAGACCCAGAUUGGUUACAACACUUUACACUUAACGUGGAGGAUGUUGUAAAAGAUCGUUUCGCACCCACUGCACGUAUUGUUCUCCCCGAUAUCACAACAACAACGGGUGUAAAAGAAAAACAAGAACAGGAAGAAUUACGUGAUGAGAAUAAUACAGCAGCAGCAGGAGGAGUAACUCGACGUCGUGUAGACUCUUUACCUCCUCCACCAGAGGAGUAUGAAAGUGAGAUUCGCACAACGUUUCCUUCUCGUAAGAACACAUAUCCACGCCGACCUCCCAUGCCACCCAAUCGCGAAGAUGAUAUUACAGAAGGAGUACCGACAAUGACGAUGGAAAAAGAAUACAAACAAAAACAACAACAAGGAGAGGAACAUAUUAAAUCAUCAUCAUCAUCAUCACAGAGUACAUUAAGUGGGGAAAGAAAGAGUUCUACGCGUAAGGAGGCCCCUGCAGAGGCGGCCUUUGAAGUUGUUAGUCUCUCUGCUUCUCAGAGUCUCACACAGGAAUACUCCACAUCCACAAGUGAUAAAAAUACUCUCUUUGAUGCGGAGGAAAAGGAUCUCCAUCUCCGCUCACUUCUCGGCCCAGCAGCACUGCAAUCCAUGACAGAGGAAGAAGCACGUGCUCUGCAGUAUAAUAGAGGAACACCGCGGCCACGACGAACAGGACGGUUUAGAUUACGUCCACCUGUGGACACUAAAGUGCAAAGAACAGGUGGGCUUAAGGCUACAUUAGGUGCGGCAUCAUCCUAUCGCACAGAUGAAGAAGAGCAACAACAACAACAACAACAACAACAAGUGAUCCAAGCGCCUGGAGCUCCGAGAAAAGUGGCUCGACCAAAGAAGAAGCGUCAGGAAUCGGAUGACAACAGCAAUAGUAGUAGUAAUCAUGCGGUAUCGUCACAAGAGGGAAGUAGUUAA